UCUUCUACCAACGAGUUUAUUUGUAAACACGCGACAUCAUUUCGUAAGAUGGACGCGUACGAAACACGUAGAAAAGAUUGGGAAGAUUUGGAGGUGACCAAGGAAGAACUGAAGACAUUAACAGAAUGCCUGAAGAAGGAGGAAUUCCGCAAAUUACUAGUGGAACACGUCAAAGAAGUGACCGAUCCGGAAAAUAGGAAGAUCUAUGAGAAAGAGAUAACACAAUUAGAAAAAGAACGGGGCGUCGACGUUGUAUUUGUUAACCCAGAACCUGGUUACGUCAUAAAAACUAGCGUGAAUGGAGACAAAAAAUGUUUCCUGAAUAUCUGCAAGAGCAACGUUAUUGCACAACCGAGCAAUCAACCUGCUUUCGAACAAGGUCACCGGAGUUUACAAUGGUUUAUUCCUUAUGCGCUCCUAUCAGCUCGUGACGACCUUGAUAAGAAAAAUAUGCGUUGUAUGGUUUUUGACGUGGUCUUUCACCCCGAUACAAUUUAUUUAUCGUCGAAGAAUGCUCAAUUUCGCGAAACUGUCAAUAACACGGCAAUGGAUGGCGUGGAAAAUAAUUUUAAGGUGAAAUUGGAUAGAAAAAAUCUGAGAUUUCCAAACAUGAAGUACAAAGGUUUACCUCUUCCUACAGUCAUCAGAAAGCCCUCCAAGGAACCACUAAAAAAACAAUUGGAUAUGGAACCAGAAAUAUAUCAAAAGUUGAUGGCUGAUUAUGACAAGAAAAGAGAACAACAAUUUAAGCAUGUAAACAAGCCAAAGCGUGCGUCACCAGCUACUACAUAUUAUAAAGAAACAUUGGAUAUAAAUGCAGAAACAGAUAGCAAAUAUGUUACACCUAAGUUUUCCAUAAAACAUCAAUCAGAUGUAGAAUUGGAAGAUUUUACUACUAGUAAAAUGGCAAAAAUGAAUGCCACAGUACCUAAAAGAUUGAUUGUCACUAUAGAUCUACCACUACUGAAAACUGCCAAUGAUGCAUUUUUAGAUGUUCAAGAACGUUACCUUAGCCUAAAAAGUGAAAAACCUGCUAAAUAUUUAUUGGACCUCCCAUUGCCUUAUUGUGUGGAUGCAAACAAUGGCAAUGCCAAAUUUGAUCCAAAAUUUAAAAAGCUUGUUAUAAUGUUACCAGUCAUUCCACCAGUAGUACUAGUAUCAGAUAAUACAGAAAACAAUGAAAUUGAUAGCAACCAUGAUAGUUCUGUACCAGUGUUGAACACUGAUUCAUUGGAAGAUUUACUUGAUAAUAGUCACCUAAGCAACACUGUACCAAAGUUAAUCGAAGAGUACGAAACAGUACUUACAACUACAAAAAUGCAAAAUGAAAGUGAAAAUUUGGAAAAGUAUAGUGAGACAGUAUCAUGGACUAGUAGAAUAGAUGAAAUGGAUGCAUUUAUGGAUUCCAACAUUAGAUAUUCACUGCCACCAUUUACAUGUAACAUAUAUGAUAGCCAAUUAGCAAUCACUGUAAAUGUAAAAAACGUGGAUCCAAAUUCCAUUCGUCAUAGAAUUUUGCAAAAUAAUGUAGGAAUACACGUUUUGUUGUCAUCUGUAGGAGCAGGAUUUUUUCCACAGCAUUAUUCGUUAUGCUUAAAAAUUUCGGAAGAUUCUAUGGAUCCUGAUUCUCUCUCGAGCGAACCGUGGGAUAAUAACGUUGUAUUUACUGUUGCAUUAAAAAACACUGAAAAUUUAGUUCGGUAUUACGUUGGACGAACCGACGAGUUCAUGGAAGAAAAAGAUUUUCCUACUGCUGCAUCUUUUAAGAACCAACUGAAAGAAUUAACGAUCAUGGAAGACACAGAACUUGGAAAGGAUCGAACAAUCAAUGUACUGGCAGAAGAUGAUGGUGUUGUUAUAAAUAUUAGUUCAAAUCGAUCAGAUUCUGAUUACGAACCGGUACACGAAAUAACAGAAUCAACGCAACAAUAUGAAAAUCGACAAGACGCCACAACAGGAAUAAGAUCUGUUUCAGAAAGCACUGACGAUGAAUUAACGAAUAACAGUACAGCAGGUAAAUUUUCGAAAGGUAUAUUGAAGUCACGUCGCACUCAUGAUUUUUCGCGUUCAACAUCUGAAUCUAGCACCGACGAAAGUGGAAUGCCCACGUCGCCUAUAGAUAGUCAUUAUGAUUCGGAGCAAGAUAUAAAUUCUGAAACAGAUUGCUCAAAUUUAAAGAAAACUGUGCGAUUUAAUGAGAUCGUGUCACAACAGUUAUUUAGGUCUAAAUCUAGCAUUGUUAAUCAACGUAAAGUAACGACUAUACCUCGGACUACGAAACAAUUUAACACAAAGCCAGGAAUCUACCAAAAGUUGAUGUCCGAUUAUGACGAGAAAAGAGAACGACAACUGAAGCGUGUUGUGAGGAAAUCGAAGCGUGCAUCAAGAUCAACUACGCGUCAUAAAGAUACAUCAAAUACAAACGCAGAAACAAAUAGCAAAUAUGUUACACCUAAGUUCUCUAUAAAAUAUCAAUCUGACAUGGAGCUAGAUGACUUUAAGACUAGUGAAACUGCAAAAAUAAACUCUACAAUACCUAAAAAAUUAAUCAUCACCAUAGAUUUACCUCUACUAAAAACUGCCACUGAUGUUUUCGUGGAUGUGCAAGAACGUUACCUUAGUUUAAAGAGUGAGAAGCCUGCAAAAUAUUUAUUGGAACUCCCUUUAUUUUAUUGUGUACACGCAGCCGGUGGUAGUUCGAGGUUCGAUACAAAAUAUAAGAAACUCGUUGUAACAUUACCAGUCAUUCCACCAGUGGAGACACCAUUAGAUACUAGGGAGGAUAGUGGAGUUGAUAGCGAUCAUGGUAGUCCUGUACCAGUGUUGCCUGAAGAUGCGCUGGAAAAUUCUCUAAGUAACAGUCACUCGAGUGACUCUAUGCCGAAGUUAGGUGAAAAGUGCAAAACAGUGUUUACAACCACAAAAAUAGAAAACGAAAGUGAAAGUUUAGAAGAGUGUAGCGAUAGUAUAUUGCGGACUAAUAAUGUAGACAACAUAGAUACGUUUAUAGAUUCCAGCAUUAAGUACACACUGCCACCGUUUACUUGUAACAUAUAUCUUAAUCAAUUAGCAAUCACUGUAGAUGUAACAUACGUGAAUCCAAAUUCCAUUCGCCAUAGAAUUUUGCAAAAUAAUUUAGGAAUACACAUUUUGUUAAUGUCUGUAAGUGCAGAAUUAAUUCCACAACACUAUUCGUUAUGUAUAAAAAUACACAAUGAUACUGUGGAUCCUGAUUCCCUCACGAUCGACCCGUGUGAUAAUGACGUUCUAUUUACUGUUCUAUUAAACAAUACCGAAAAUUUAUUGCGAUAUUAUGUUGGACUAAACGAAGAGUUCAUGGAAGAAAAACUUUAUCCAUCUGCGGCGUCUUUCAAAGACCUGCUGAAAGAAUUAACGGCUACGGAAAACACAAAACUGGGAAAUGAUGGGACGGUCAAUGAACAGGCAGAGGAUGAUGGUGUUGUUAUAAAUAUUAGCCCGAAUCAAUUAGAUUCCGACGACGAAGUGGGUCAAGAAAGUACAAAUUCCACGCGAGAACACACCGUGACAAAAACUAGAUCUGUUUCAGAAAACAGCGGAGAUGAAUUAACCAGUGACGGUAGUAUAGCAGGUACAUUGUCGGGAGACGUAUUGAAGUCACGCCGUAUUCAUGAUUUUUCGUCUUCAGUGUCUGAAUCGAGCAUCGAUGAAAAUGGGAUUGUCACAUCGUCCAUAGAAUCAGAUUCUUGGAGUUUAAAAAAAACAGUUCGAUUCGAUACCAUGAUAUCAAUACAAUACUUUAGAUCUAAUGGUAGCAUUGUUAGAGUUAAGAAAAGGAGACGACAUGCGCCACGUACUAUGUCUCAGGUAAUAAAACCUAUACUUAAGCAAAAUAAACCGUCGUCGCAAGAAGAAACUUCGGAAGACACAGUGAUAGCAGUUUGGGAUAGUCGUAGGUGAUGUAAUACAGCAGGAUUCAAUAAUGAUUUAAUAUUCGAUCUCGAUAUGUAGAUUUUGGCUAUUUGCCGAGACACGUAUCUGAUUAUUUUUAAUCAUGUCAUUUAUUGA